GCUUACAUUCUGAUUGUGCGAACUUCGAACGUGGCAAUAGACGGAGGUAUAGCUGGAGUAGCAGUAAAGAGCAGCAAGUACGAGCUCGUGGAGAAAAACAGGAGUGAGAUGUCAAUCGAUAACUACCGUUGGCCGCGCGGAGCUCUGACUGCCUGGAGCUGUCGCUUUGGGGCGGCAGCCUCAGGCGGAGAGCUCUGAUGCUGAGUCAGCGCAAAGACCCACCGCCCGCACGGACAACGGCAGAAAAAAAAAGUUGAAAAUGAGCGGGAAAAUAUCAGUAAACGCGGUCGAGUCGCCGUCGUCAUCCGCCUCGAUUGGACAACGCCCUCGCUGGUUAAGCUUCAAUCGACCUUUUUACCCGCCUAAUGUCGUCGUUUUUUACAUUACCCGCGUCCCAGCGGAAACGCAAGAGGGAGGACCGGUCUGGAGCCCCCGCGACAAAGAAACGGGGCGUUGAUGCGGACGGAGAUGCGCGCAACAAGAACAAGAGAACGAGGGAACGAGACGAGUCAAUCUCGGGCAGUGACUUGGAUGAGGAUGUGGAAAGUGCGGCAUCGGUAGCCUCGGAGGGAGAAAGUGGUUCAGAGUCGGAUGAGGGAGAGACUGCUGCCGAGCGAAGACUGAAAUUAGCGGAGCGCUACCUGGACAACGUCCGAGAGGAGGUUGAUGAUUACGGGUUCGAUGCUGCUGAGAUUGAUCGUGACUUGAUUGCAGAGAGGCUAAAAGAGGACGUGGACGAAUUCAAAGGACGAGUAUAUCGUCAAAUUGCUUCCGACCUAGCGUUCUCGACCGCUUCUCAUACGUUCUUCCGAGCAGACACACAGACUACCACAUCAAUCGCCGUCCACGCUCCAUACGUCUACACUGUAUCUAAAGAUCGAACUUUGAUCAAGUGGGAGCUCGCCACACCCGGUGCAUCCAGCACAGAUACGACGAAUGAAACAGAUGGGGCAUCAAAGCGCGCCCCUCGACCGCAGCGAAAGAAGCCGAAGCAGGUGCGCUUCACAAGAGGUCUGCAAAAAGUUGCGGAGAGCGCAGAAGAGCAGGGCCACUCGAAGAACAUACUAGCGGUCGCGGUGUCCCCGUCAGGGAAAUUUGUUGCCACUGGAGGAGAGGAUAACAAGCUCAUCAUCUGGGAUGCCGCAACCUUGAUUCCCGUGCAGACCUUUUCCCAGCACCGAGACUCCGUCAGUGGACUGGCGUUUGUUCGUCACAUUUCUACCAUGAGCUCGGGAGAGCAAUUGUUCUCUGGCUCAUUUGACCGGACCAUUAAAACAUGGUCUAUUAGCUCCGCAGGUCACGCCUAUGUGGAAACAUUAUUUGGACACCAAGACAACGUCACGUCGCUGGCCGCUAUGACGAUUGAUCAGUGUAUCAGUGUUGGAGCCCGCGAUCGCACAGCUAGGUUGUGGAAGGUAGUGGAGGAGGCGCAGCUUAUCUUCCGCGGUGGCUCAUCAAGAAACACCUACCAGGAAAACAACAUUGACUGCAUCGCACCUUUACCUCCCACACAUUUCGUCACCGGCUCCGAUAACGGAUCAAUCUCCCUUUGGUCUAUACACAAGAAGAAACCGCUCUACACCAUCCCGCAUGCUCACGGCCUCGACCCAUUACCGCCACUCGAGGUACACUCUCCUGAGACCGAUCGUCAAACGGCACAGUCGAAUGCACGCUUCCUCAGACGCAUGCCUCGCUGGAUUACUGCGUUGACAACGGUUCCAGGUACGGACAUUGUCCUCAGUGGCAGUUGGGACGGCUGGAUUCGGGCGUGGAAGGUUUCAGACGAUAAACGCACAAUACACCCCCUAGGGCCCGUUGGCGGAGGCCCUGCAUCGCAAGCCCCAGAUACUCCAUCCAAACAGUUGGAACAGAGCCUCGCGUCCGCCGACGGAUCCCACAGACACGCGGUCGAAGAAGAGACAGAGCCCUUGGUAAAGGGCGUCGUCAACGGCAUCUCCGUCUUUGAACGGCGCGUAGAGACGACAAAGCCGGGUCAAGUACCAUCUGACUCGAAGAAAUCGAAAUCCACGCCAAGCACGGCACCAGAACCCCGCGGUCUCUGUAUCGCCGUCGCCAUCGGAAAGGAGCAUAGGCUCGGCCGCUGGAAAUGCUACGAUAACAAUUAUUCCAAGGGAGCCACGGCAGAAGGUCGAAAUGGCGCAAUGAUCUUUGAGGUCCCUUUUCUUUCUGACAAGCAUGGUCGAGGAGAAAAGGAACCCCUCUGAGCGAAUGUAUCUAACCAUCAAUAGAUUCGACUGUAUUUUAUUCCUAGCGGCAUUUGCAUACCUGGAAAAGUCCCUGAAGUUCGAUUUCCUUUUCUCUUCAACUAUC